AAGAAAAUCAGACACAGAGGGUAGGGAAGAGAGAGGAAGGCGAGAAGAGAUCUUCACGCAAAAAAAAUUACUUUUAAUUUCUUCUUGUUCUUCUUCUCUAGAUCUACUGUUUUAUUUCUAAAAACUUAAUUUUCUUGUUAUUAUUAUUACUAUUAUUUAUUCAUGAUUGAGAAGUAAAAAACGCUGACUCCUUUACAAGUAAUUCGAUUAUAGCCGUCUGAUUCUUUUCCCCCAGAAUCAGUAGCCAUUUAUCUGAGAAAAAAAGGACGGAAAUUCCGUAUUUAUCUGAGGAAAUUGAAGAAAAAAAGGGAAAAUUCAUUGUAGUAUGCGAGUUUGGUGAUGGAUUCAGGCAAAGGAGCAACUACUUCUCAACAAAUGGGAUCGUUGACCGAAGAUCUUCGUGAGAGACAUCAACAAGAAUUAGAAAACUUGACAUUAACAACACAGCCCUUCAAAACAUUAAGGCUAUUUCUUCUGGCUAUCUUUCAAUAUUAUAAGCGAUUAGCAUUAUAUCUUUUGGCAAAGGGUGGUUGGCUUGCGCUUUCAAGCACUCUAAUAGCAGCUCUUGGAAUUUUGCUUGUAACAAUCGAGGGUCCUCAUGAAAAGCAUGUUGAUGAACUUUCUCAGUAUAUUCGGUUUGGACUAUGGUGGAUCGCACUUGGUGUUGCAUCUUCAAUUGGGCUUGGAUCUGGUCUGCAUACUUUUGUCCUUUAUUUGGGUCCGCAUAUUGCCUUGUUUACCAUAAAAGCAAUGCAAUGUGGACGAGUAGACCUGAAGAGUGCUCCAUAUGAUACAAUACAGUUGAAGAGAGGCCCUUCAUGGCUGGAUAAAUCCUGUGAAGAGUUUGGGCCCCCAUUGUUUUCAUCAACACAUGGUUCAAGGGUUCCUCUUAGCAGCAUACUGCAGCAGGUGCAGCUGGAGGCUAUCUUAUGGGGUAUCGGGACUGCACUAGGAGAGCUUCCUCCUUACUUCAUCUCAAGGGCUGCUAGCGAGUCAGGUCGCGAAUUUGAUGCCAUGGAAGAAUUGGAUGGUUCCUCAAGUGAGGAUACUGGAGUCAUAGCUGCUCUGCUGGAAAAGAUCAAACGCUGGCUGUUGUCCCACUCCCAACAUUUGAACUUCUUUACCAUUUUAAUUCUUGCCUCAGUCCCCAAUCCAUUAUUUGACCUUGCUGGCAUCAUGUGUGGACAAUUUGGCAUUCCAUUCUGGGAGUUCUUUCUCUCAACAUUGAUUGGGAAGGCAUUUAUUAAAACUUACAUACAGAUGGUUUUUAUUAUCUCUAUCUGUAACAAUCAACUCCUUGAUUGGAUAGAGAAUGAGUUGAUUUGGGUGCUCGGCUUCGUACCUGGAUUCGAUACAUUCUUGCCCACACUUACAGCAAAACUUCAUGCAGCCAAAGACAAGUACUUGUCCACCUCACAACCGCUGCCUUCAAAUAUCAAGGGGAAGUGGGAUUUAUCAUUUGCUUUGAUCUGGAACACUGUUGUGUGGCUUAUGUUAAUGAACUUCUUUGUCAAGAUUGUCAAUGCAACUGCUCAGAGAUAUUAUAAAAAACAGAUGGACGAGCAGGUAGGCGAUAACGUAUCUGCUUCAACUCAUUCCGAUUAAGAAGAGUCUGACCGCAUUUAUCUCGAUAAAACAGUUGUGUUAGUGAACUACAAGGUAACCUGUCUUUCCAUAAAUUAUUACCCAUUGGAACUACUUCAAAAGAAACCCCUGCACUAAGCUAGUCCCUUGUUAGAAAGUUGUAUAGACAGAACAAAAAUUAGGAACACAGACAACAGAAAGUAGAGGUUUAAUUUUAUUAUAUCCUAUGUAAUGCUUGGCCUGGGGUUUUAAUCAUUGUUUUUGGACUGUAUUUCCUUCCCAUUGUUAAAGCACUGUUUGAUAUUGAUAUUUGAUGUUGGGAAAGUUGGAAUCUGGUAA